GCGCAAACCCUGUUCGAAAGCGACCAGUACACUGUCGACACUGCUUCGCCCACCUCUGAUGGCUCCAAGUUACAGGUUCACUUCAAGAACGGAGUUGUCGAGAAUGCGGUGACCGAGGAGUACGUGUCAACGUGGCUCCACGCUUUUGCCCCGUAUGUUGGACAGCCCCUGAAUGAGCGCGCCAAGCCACCGGUCUCCCACGCCGGGCUACCGGGCACCGGCUCGUUGCUGGAAGAUCUGUACCGCAACCGAAAGCCCUGGGAUAGCACACUGGACAUGCCCCGUUUCGAUGGCCAGCAGAUGCUGAAGGACGAAAGCAUGCAGAUCGAGUUCCUUGAGAG